GCCCCCGAAACGAUCCCCCCGUGUCCCCCCCUCACCCCCCGCAGGGACAGGGGCCAUGACGGAGGUGACCAAGCGCAUCCUGGUCACGGGGGGCACCGGCCUGGUGGGCAAGGCCAUCGAGAAGGUGGUGGCAGAUGGGGAGGGGCGGCCGGACGAGCGCUGGAUCUUCGUGUCCUCCCGGGACGCCGACCUGACGAGCAGCUCCGAGACCAAGGCCCUGUUUGAGAGGCACAGGCCCACCCACGUCAUCCACUUGGCCGCCAUGGUCGGGGGCCUCUUCAAGAACAUCCGCUCCAACCUGGAUUUCUGGAGGACCAACAUCCACAUCAACGACAACGUCCUGCACUCGGCCCACGAGAUGGGGGUGGAGAAGGUGGUCUCCUGCCUCUCCACCUGCAUCUUCCCGGACAAGACCACCUAUCCCAUCGACGAGACCAUGAUCCACAACGGGCCCCCCCACAGCUCCAACUUCGGCUACUCCUACGCCAAGAGGAUGAUUGACAUCCAGAAUAGGGGUUAUUCGGAGCAGCACGGCCGGCGCUUCACCGCCGUCAUCCCCACCAACGUCUUCGGGCCGCACGACAACUUCAACAUCGAGGACGGCCACGUCCUGCCAGGCCUCAUCCACAAGGUCUACCUGGCCAAACAGUCCGGCUCCGCCCUGACCGUGUGGGGAACGGGAAAGCCCAGGAGACAGUUCAUCUACUCCCUGGACCUGGCCCGGCUCUUCCUGUGGGUCCUGCGGGAAUACGACGAGGUGGAGCCCAUCAUUUUGUCAGUGGGAGAAGAAGACGAGGUGUCCAUCCGGGAGGCAGCAGAGGCCGUGGCCGAGGCCAUGGAUUUCAGGGGAGAGCUGGUUUUUGACCCCACCAAGGCCGACGGGCAGUUCAAGAAGACGGCCAGUAAUGCCAAACUGCGGCGGUACCUGCCCGGCUUCCAGUUCACUCCCUUCAGGAAAGCCGUGAAGGAAACCUGUGCCUGGUUCGACGCCAACUACGCCGACGCCAGGAAGUGACGGCCCCGGCAUCGCCGGGAUCCUCCUCUUCCAACUCAGGGUUGUCCUUUGCUGGGGCAGAGGACGGGGCUGAGGGGGGGUGACAGGGACAAUUCCAAAGG